AUGGGUGGCCCUGCUGAUACUUGAAAUACCUGUGGCAUAGCUUCCAGCAUCACAGCGACACGGAAGCUACCACAGUGUGACAAACUGCCAGAAGAGUGGUGCUUGUUGUAUGAUAAGCACCUAAAAUAGAGAAUACACGUACUAUUUCACAAAUAUUUGCCAAGAAAGUAUAACUUGGUGUGAUGGUUAUUAAUGUUAUUUGUCAACAUGCUUUUCUGUUGACAACAGAUAAAUUUUUAAUAAUUUAAGAAAAAAAUUAUAGAUAAAUAAGCAUGUAUUAAAACUUUCUUUUCAGAAAUAAGAAUUGUCAGCAUGCACGUUCAGACAAUCACAAAAUUCAAAACAAUUACAAAUGUUGUUGGAUAUUUAAAGGGCUCAACAUCUCCAGACCGCUAUGUCAUAGUGGGCAGCCACCACCAUACUACAUACAGUUAUAAUGGACAAGAAUGGGCCAGUAGCACUGCCAUAAUCACAGCUUUUAUCCAGGCCUUGAUGUUAAGAGUUAAGAAAGGGUGGAGACCAGACCGCACUAUCGUUUUCUGUUCCUGGGGCGGAACAGCUUUUGGCAACAUUGGCUCAUAUGAAUGGGGAGAGGAUUUCAAGAAGGUUCUGCAGAGAAAUGUUGUGGCUUAUGUUAGCCUCCAUAAUCCCAUGAGGGGUAACUCAAGCCUACAUCCUGUAGCAUCACCUUCUCUUCAGCAACUCGUAGCAGAGAAAAAGAAUUUAAACUGUACCAGACGAGCUCAGUGCCCAGAAACCAAUGUCAGCUCUGUCCAGAUACAAGGUGAUGCCGAUUAUUUCAUCAACCAUCUUGGAGUUCCAACCCUGCAGUUCGUUUAUGAGGACAUCAAAGCACUAGAGGUGAUUUUUUCUAAAAAUGCAACACCAGCUUACACACACCCACACACACAAAACAUAGCAGACUUGCAGAAUUAGAUUUUAUCCAGGCCAUUCGUCUCUCUUACCAAA